UUUACCACUCCUUGGCUCAGGUCGGCAAAUCGGAGGCUUCCAGAAGCAACCUAAAAGUGGUGGCAGGCGCAGCGCAGGCGGCUGGAGGAGUGCAUCCCACAGCCGCGCUGAACCCUUUGGGCAGCUGCAGCGGCGCCUUAGAGCAGCCUGGGAGGCGCCGAGGAGCUCGCGCGCCCAGCGCGGUUGGAGAGGGGAGGAGCCGGCGGCUGCAGCUAGGCAAGGGGAGGAAAGUGCGUGUGGCUGUGAGAGUGUGUGGGCGCACAGUCUCGGAUUAGGGGGGAGGAGAAGGCAGGGGAUUUGAGGGCUCAGUUCCCCAGGCCUCCCCCUGCCGGACCCCCAAGGUUUUGCCGCGUUGGCUCCGGCUCCCUGGCAUCCAGCACCAUGGACUUGGGCGGAGUUGGAACCGGUCGAGGCAGCGAUCCGCGCUUGUCUGCCUGGCCCUGGGGAUUCGCGGGUGCACGCGCGGGGAUGGCGAGGUAGGAUGGCUGCCCUGCGCGACCCCCGCCGCCCCAACGCAGCGGUCCCCGGGCGGUGCCGGUGACUCCAGAGCGCACAGGCUGUGGGCGGAGGCGGCCCCGCUGCGCCCGCGCCGUGGCGAGCCGCUUUGCCUCUUCCACCCACUCGCACCUGCCACCGCGCGGAUACCAUGUCUAAAGCGGCUGGAGGCGCGGCGGCGGCUGAAAGUUGUCCCUCAACGCCGGUGGGCUCAUCUGCGGCCGCCGCCGUGGAGGAUCUGUCCAAAGUGUCGGACGAGGAGCUGCUGCAGUGGAGCAAAGAGGAGCUGAUCCGCAGCCUGCGGCGCGCCGAGGCCGAGAAGGUGAGCGCGAUGCUGGACCAUAGCAACCUCAUCCGCGAGGUGAACCGCCGCCUGCAGCUGCACCUCGGCGAGAUUCGCGGGCUCAAGGAUAUCAACCAGAAACUCCAGGAGGACAACCAGGAACUGAGGGAUCUCUGCUGUUUCCUGGAUGAUGACCGGCAGAAAGGAAAAAGGGUGUCCCGGGAGUGGCAGAGACUGGGCCGCUACACAGCUGGGGUGAUGCACAAGGAAGUGGCCUUAUACCUGCAGAAGCUGAAGGAGCUGGAAGUGAAGCAGGAGGAAGUGGUGAAGGAGAACAUGGAGCUCAAGGAGAUCUGUGUGCUGCUGGAUGAGGAGAAAGGAGCAGGCUGUGCAGGCAGCCGCUGCUCCAUCGACAGCCAGGCCAGCCUGUGCCAGCUCACAGCCACCACUGCACCCUACGUGCGGGAUGUGGGAGAUGGCAGCAGCACCUCCAGCACUGGCAGCACCGACAGCCCCGACCACCACAAGCACCAUGCAAGUGGAGGCAGCCCGGAGCAUCUGCAGAAGCCCCGAAGCGAGGGCAGCCCGGAGCACUCCAAGCACAGGAGUGCCAGCCCAGAACACUUGCAGAAACCCAGAGUCUCUGGGACCCCAGAUCACCCAAAAGCUCUCAAAGGACCCAGCCCUGAGCACCACAAACCCUUGUGCAAGGGCAGUCCAGAACAGCAAAGGCAUCCACAUCCAGGGAGCAGCCCAGAAACACUGCCCAAGCACAUGCUGAGUGGGAGCCCUGAACAUUUCCAGAAGCACAGGCCAGGAAGCAGCCCAGAACAUGCCAGGCAUAGUGGAGGGAGCCCGGAGCAUCUUCAGAAACAUGCUCUUGGGGGGAGCCUGGAACACCUACCCAGAGCCAGGGGCACCAGCCCUGAGCAUCUCAAACAGCAUUAUGGGGGGAACCCUGAUCACAAACACGUAGGAGGCGGAGGCAGUGGCGGAGGCAGCAGGGAGGGCACCCUCAGACGGCAGGCACAGGAGGAUGCAUCGCCCCAUCACCGCAAUGUCUACAGUGGCAUGAAUGAAUCAACCUUGUCCUAUGUUAGGCAGCUGGAGGCAAGAGUAAGACAGCUGGAAGAAGAAAAUCGCAUGCUGCCCCAGGCCACCCAGAAUAGAAGGCAACCUCCAACUAGAAACAGCUCAAAUGUGGAGAAAGGCUGGGGGCCCAGAGCCCGGCGGGUCUGGCAGUGGUGGCAAGGGUGCCGAGGAAUAGGACGAUGCCUGCCCACUCUCCCGGGUUCUUUUAGGUUGUCAUCAGGGGCUGAUGGGAGUAACAGUUCACCCAACUCUCCAGCUAGCUUCAGUGGACAUACCACACCUUCUCAGCAGCCUGAACCUGUGGUACAUUCUCUUAAGGUUGUGUGGAGGAAACUUGGAGAUGCUGCCGGUUCAUGUCCUGGAAUUAGGCAACAUCUAUCAGGAAACCAGUACAAAGGACCAAUGUGAGAAGCAUUCUUUUUCCAACAUGAGAUCCCUACUGCCAGAGAGACAAAAAAGAACAAAAGAAGAAAAACAGAAGAGUGGGUUUCCACAAACCUGGACUCAUGGAAUAACAUGGAUUGUACAUUGCACACAUCUCCCCUAUAAAACCUUCAGUACAUUAACCUGGUACUCUUGUGUCUUACUUUAGUGUCCAAAACAGUUAAUCUCAAGGUAGCUCUUAAUAAUCACCAUUUGGUAUCAAUAUUUUCAUUAGAAUUAAAGUGUUUUUAACUUCCCAGAUCUAAGAUUAUAAUUGGGAAACCUGCAUGGUUGGAAGCGUCCAUUAGAGAUUCAGUGGUUUUGAUAGAGUUGACUUGUUCCGUAUAGUGGUGGAAACUUUUUACCAUGUAGUAUUGAAGAUUUGAAGAGGUGAUUUCCAGCUUCCCAGGGUUGAAAGUUGGGCACUUACCUCUUGCACUUCAUUUAAGAAUAUAUAUUAGUUCCCAACUCAUAAUUGAUUUGGAUAUAAGAGAUAAGGUUUCUGGGGGUUUUGUUUUGACUUUUGAGGUGCUAAAAAUACCUUAUAAAUUCUAUUACCAGCUAGAAGGUUAGCAAGACUUUGUAGAGUGCUUAUCAGAGAGUAUCAUUUAUUUCAAAUGAUCAAAAUAAGUAUAUCUUUUCUUUAAUAUUGAUGAGUUGCCCAUAGGAGCACAUUUGGGGACAUAUCAAACUCCAUAUUCAUUCAGAAUAUUAAUUUCAACUAAAAAACAAGCAAAUAUAAUUUUUCUAAAUGUUUAGAGCUGUGAGAUGUUAAUUUCUACAGUUUAGUUUCUAGACAUGAUGUAUAUUUAAUAAACUUUAUGUAAACUUUAAAAUAUUGCACUGCAGUUAUGAAAAAAGCUUUCUUUGCCUACUACAGCUAUUUAACAUUUUAUGAAACUAACGCAUGUCCUUCAGUACUGAGGUUAAAAGCUCUUCUUCAGAUUGCUUGAAGUUUGAAAAAGAGGUGUGCUAGCUUUGCUUAGUUUUUUCCUUAUUUUUGGUAUAUACAUAUAAUAUUAGAAUGUGUGUAUUGGAAAUGCUAUGGUAGGUAUUUUGUAUUUAUCUAAUGCAAUGAUAGUUUCUUGUAUGAAUGUGCAAGAAGCCUGUGACAGAAUGCUAUCUUUUUACCGUAGUUUAAGAUUUUAAAAGUAGGGAUGUACUCCCAGUUUUCUAAUAUCUUGUAAAUCACUGAGAUUUGAUUCACAGCAAAUAUUCCUUAUUGUUGUUCUUUUUAAAAUGGGCUCAUUACACAGCAUAUUAAUUGUCAUUGGUGGGAGAAUAUGAAAGAAUUUUGUUUUACUUUUUAAAAAAUGUAACUGUGGUGAAAAACCAGCCCUGCAUUAUCAGAAAGUAUUUAUGAAUUAUUACUGUAGGAUCAUCUCUAAUUAUCAUGAUUGGGUUACAGUUUAAGCCUCUGUUUCUUUUCAAAUGUUAUAUUUUUAAAUAUCAUUACUCUGUAAAAGAAAAUUGCUCACUCUAUUUACACCUUUGCUCAUAGGAGAGCUUUCAUUCUUAAAUUGUAUUCCUACACUCUGAAGAUGUUUAGAACAAGUUUUUGUGCCUGCAGCAGAGCCUGCAGAAGCUAAUCCAAGGAACACUGGUCUUUCACAAAAUACUUGUGUAAAUUUUGAUACUGUAUUAAAACUAUUUUUUUAAAGUUCCACAUAAAAUUGAGUAUUAAGUAUAUGUGUUCAUCUUAGCAAUGGUAAUAAAUUAUUUAA